AUGACAUUUUCUCUUCUGUUCCAGAAAUCCUGGAUUGAAGGAGUAUUCAACAAGAGAGAAUGUAACAAAUUCAUACCCAGUUCAAAAGACCCUCACAGUACAGAUAUGUCAUUGCUACCAUAUGUACAAUUAUGGGAUAUGACAGAGAAAGUGGUGUGCAUGUACCAGACCCUGGGGAACCCGCUCAGCACGCUCACCACCCUCAACUGCAUGCACUCACACUUCAUCCUGUCCGACGAUGGGACUGUGGGCAAGUAUGGAAACGAAAUGAAGCUCCGGAGGAGCCUGGAGAAGUAUAUCUCACUGCAGAAAAUACACAGCCGCUCACUCCCAGGGGUGCCCGUGAUGGGGCUGGUGGUGGAAGGCGGCCCCAACGUCAUCCUGUCGGUGUGGGAGACGGUGAAGAACGAAGUCCCUGUGGUGGUCUGUGAAGGUUCGGGCAGAGCGGCCGACCUCCUGGCCUUCACUCACAAACACUUAGCCGACGAAGGGAUGCUGCGUCCGCAGGUGAAAGACGGGAUCCUCAGCAUGAUCGAAAGCACCUUCAACUUCAGCCCCGAGCAGUCCAGACACCUCUUCCACAUUCUAAUGCAGUGCAUGGCCUACAGGGAUUCCAUUACCAUAUUUGAUGUGGAUUCUGAGGAGCAGCAAGACCUUGACCUAGCAAUUCUGACAGCUCUGCUGAAGGGCACAAACUUAUCAAUAUCAGAACAAUUAAACCUGGCAAUGGCUUGGGACAGAAUGGACAUUGCCAAGAAACACAUCUUAACAUAUGGGCAACAUUGGAAGCAUGGUGCCCUAGAGCAAGCAAUGCUAGAUGCUUUAGUGAUGGAUCGGGUAGAUUUUGUGAAGCUCUUAAUAGAAAGUGGAGUGAACCUCCACCGAUUUCUCACCAUCCAGCGACUGGAAGAGCUCUAUAACACAAAACAAGGCCCAAGUAAUAUGUUUUUGCGUUAUCUUGUCCAAGAUGUAAAACAGAGAUCUACCAGCCUUUCCCAGAGCCUUUCCCAGCACCCAGCUCCCCAGAGGCCCUCCUCAGAGAACAGAGCGGAGUGUCCAGACAGCACCCAGAGCACGCUGCAUUCCCAGUUCUUUCGAACGGCUCAGCCCUACAAAUCCAAGGAAAAAUCUGGAAUCCCUCAUAAAUCAAGGAAGAAGUCAAAAGAAACACAGCACGUAGAGGACGCUGAGUCUACUGGCUUUAUCUAUCCAUACAACGACCUGCUGGUCUGGGCGGUGCUGAUGAAGCGGCAGAAGAUGGCCAUGUUUUUCUGGCAGCAUGGGGAAGAGGCCACGGUCAAAGCAGUGAUCGCUUGUAUCCUCUACCGAGCCAUGGCCCGGGAAGCGAAGGAGAGCAAUAUGGUGGAUGACACUUCCGAAGAACUGAAAAGUUACUCAAAGCAGUUUGGCCAGCUGGCCCUGGACGUGCUGGAGAAGGCCUUCAAGCAGAACGAGCCCAUGGCCAUGAAGCUGCUCACCUAUGAACUCAAGAACUGGAGCAAUUCCACCUGCUUGAAGCUGGCCGCGUCCGGGGGCCUGCGCCCCUUUGUGUCCCAUUCCUGCACCCAAAUGCUGCUCACCGACAUGUGGAUGGGCCGCCUGAAAAUGAGGAAGAACUCUUGGUUGAAGAUCAUCCUAAGUAUUCUCGUGCCACCAACCAUUUUGACACUGGAAUUUAAAAGCAAAGCUGAGAUGUCACAUGUCCCUCAAUCCCAGGAUUUCCAGUUUACGUGGUAUUAUGGUGACCAAAACCUUGACACCACCAAAGAAAAUGCUUAUGCGAAAGACUGUGAUCUGGAAAAGGGCUUCGAUGAGAAAUUGGAUGAAAAUCAGCACUUUCAUGUACGGGACGGACCCCGGGGGCUGCCCUGGACUGGGAAAGUCUAUGAAUUCUACAAUGCUCCCAUUGUCAAGUUUUGGUUUUACACGAUGGCGUAUUUGGCCUUCCUCCUGCUGUUCACGUACACAGUGCUGGUGGAGAUGCAGCCCCAGCCCAGCGCCCAGGAGUGGCUUGUGAUCGUUUACAUCUUCACCAACGCUGUGGAGAAAGUGAGGGAGAUCUGUAUUUCAGAACCCGAGAAGCUGACCCAGAAGGUGAAGGUGUGGAUUAGCGAGUACUGGAAUCUGAUGGAGGCGGUGGCUGUGGGUCUGUUUUCUGUCGGGUUUGGCCUUCGCUGGGGCCCCCCUCCAUGGGGCACGGCGGGCCGGCUCAUCUACUGCAUCAACAUCAUCUUUUGGUUCUCGAGGCUCAUGGACUUCUUCGCUGUCAAUCAGCACGCCGGUCCCUACGUGACCAUGAUUGCCAAAAUGGCAGGAAACAUGUUCUACAUUGUGAUCAUAAUGGCCAUCGUCUUGCUCAGCUUCGGGGUGGCCCGGAAAGCCAUCCUGUCGCCAAAGGAGCCUCUGUCUUGGAGCCUUGCUAGAGACGUUGUGUUUGAGCCGUACUGGAUGAUAUAUGGAGAAGUUUACGCUUCUGAGAUAAUUGUUUGCACAGACGAGACUUCCUGCCCUCCGGGAUCUUUUCUCACGCCGUUCCUGCAGGCUGUCUACCUCUUCGUGCAGUAUAUCAUCAUGGUGAACCUGCUGAUUGCUUUCUUCAACAAUGUGUACUUAGAGAUGAAGUCCAUUUCCAACAAGCUGUGGAAGUACAACCGCUACCGCUACAUUAUGACCUACCACGAGAAACCCUGGCUGCCCCCGCCCCUCAUCCUCCUCAGCCACCUGAGCCUCCUCCUCCAGGGACUGUGCUGCCAACGCGGUGCACGGGACCAGGACCAGGGCUACACGGGCCUGAAACUAUAUCUGAGUAAGGAGGAUCUCAAAAAGCUUCAUGACUUUGAAGAGCAAUGCGUGGAAAAAUACUUCCACGAGAAGGCAGAGGGUCUGAAUUGUAGUUUUGAGGAACGGAUCCGAGUGACCUCAGAAAGGGUUACAGAGAUGUACUUCCAACUGAAAGAAAUGAACGAGAAAGUGACUUUUAUCAAGGACUCGCUGCUGGGUUUGGACAGCCAGGUAGGACACCUGCAGGACCUGUCAGCCCUGACCGUGGAUACGCUGCAGGUCCUGUCUGCGGUGGACAGCUUGCAGGGAGACGAGGCUAUGUCGGGGAAGAGCAGGCACUCGGCCGGCAGAACUCUUCCUCACAGCUGGAACACCCUGGUGUGUCCCCCGUUCCUCAGUAGCCCCGAGAUCGCUGCAGGGAAGAAAUUCCAGUAUUAUAGCAUGCCCCCCUCUUUGCUAUGGAGCCGAAGCCAGCUUGCCCCCAGAUCCCAGAGGGGGUCCCUUCUUGAGAUGACCCCCAGUCCAAAAGAGGCCUCAGAUGGGAGAGAAGAUCAAGCAGAACAAGAAACAGAGCAAAGCACAAUGGCAUCUGGGGUGUCCUCAAACAGGCAAACACCCCCCAAGUAUGGCAAGUUUCUCCUGGUCCCUUCUCAUCCGAAGCAAGGUCUUGAGUGUACAGCCACUCUCUUGCCUCUGUGCGGCCCUUCUGUAGAAGCAGAUAUGCCAGGAAAUGACCAGGCGGCCCAGUGUAAGAUCCCUGUCCAUCUGCCUCAGCCGACCCCAGGGGUCUCCCAUCAAGCAUCGGUGGCUGACCCUGAAGAGCAGCCCGAGCUGCCCAUGUCUCAGGCGGUGCGUGAACAAGAGAUGGAGUGUCUUCCACCCAUGCUGGGGGGCACCCCUGCCCCCAGGGCAAUGGGGUCACUCCCUCCCCAAGCUCAGAACAGGCACAGCCGGGCGGGCUACGUGAACUGGGCGUUUUCAGAAGGUGAUGAGCCCGGUGUGUCCAGCCUCACCCCCCAAAGGCAAGCCUCCGUGCCUUCCACCUGUUCCAGUGACUCCACACAGAGCCAAUCACAAAGCCCAGAGCAGGGAGGAGGUGGAGGCCUCUCAGAUAACUCCACAAGAUUGGCCAGGAGCAGUGACUGCUCGGGAGACUCCGGCCCCUGGCUCCAGCCAGACACGUCCUUCUGCAUCCGUCCCUUCCGCACACACAGAUCCCUCUUUCGGAGCCACAGCUUCAGAUUCCACAAGAAGGAGACGCUGGUGAACAUGUGUAAGAUCAAAAGACAUUCGAGAUCCUCAGAGACAUCAUGGAUCAAAGCGAAGAUAAUAACCAAGGAGAGGAGAUUGUCAAGGAGAAGGACAAAAACUCAACCACUACAAGUGCCGGUCAUCACAGUCAACAGCUGCUGUCAAAGUGACCAAUUAAAUUCUGAACUGGGAGAAAGUAACAUCUCAGAAGAGGAGUGUGGCAGGAACUGGCUUACAGUCUCCAAAUUUAGCCAGAUGAGUUUAGAACCUUAUAUAUAUCAGAAAAUGAAGACCAACGAAAUCGAGCAGCAUGCAGAACAAAUUAGCGAUUAUCUAAGGCAGUCUCAAGAGAAUCUGUCUGAAAACUCCUCAUUGAACUCCUGGAGCAGCAACCUCAGGAGGACCCUUCUGAGGCAAAGUUCAAGUGGAAUUGACAGCAUCUCAGCCUUCUUAAAAAGCCCCCAAGAGCCUCACCGCCAUUAUUCAGCCAUCGAGAGGAAUAAUUUAAUGAGGCUCUCUCAGACCAUACCGUUCACACCAAUCCAGCUGUUCGCAGGGGAAGAGGUGACGCUCUACAAGCUGGAGGAGAGUUCCCCUCUGAACCUGGGUAAGAGCAUGUCCUCUUGGUCGCAGUACGGGAGAGCUGCGAUGAUCCAGGUGUUGUCCCAAGAGGAGCUGGGCGGCGGCCUCCGCAAAGCCAUGAGAGUCAUCAGCACCUGGUCUGAGGAUGACGUGCUCAAGCCAGGCCAGGUGUUCAUCGUGAAGUCCUUUCUCCCCGAGGUGGUGCAGACAUGGCACGAGAUCUUCCGGGACAGCACUGUGCUUCAUCUGUGCCUCCGGGAAAUUCAACAACAAAGAGCUGCUCAAAAACUAAUCUAUACCUUCAACCAGGUGAAACCACAAACCAUUCCUUACACACCAAGGUUCUUGGAAGUUUUCUUAAUCUACUGCCAUACGGCCAACCAGUGGUUAACUAUUGAGAAAUACAUGACAGGAGCAUUCCAGAAGUACAACAACAACAAUGGAGAUGAAAUUGUCCCUAGCAACACCCUGGAGGAGCUGAUGUUAGCUUUCUCUCACUGGACCUAUGAGUACACUCGAGGGGAGCUGCUGGUUUUAGACCUGCAAGGUGUUGGAGAAAACUUGACAGACCCAUCUGUUAUAAAACCUGGAGACAAACAAUCAAGAGGAAUGGUGUUUGGGCCGGCCAAUUUAGGAGAAGAUGCAAUUAGAAACUUCAUUGCAAAACAUCGUUGUAACUCCUGCUGCCGGAAACUCAAACUACCGGACCUCAAAAGAAAUGAUUAUUCCCCUGGAAGAAUAAAUUCCCACUUUGGACUUGAGAAGAAAAUCGAACCAGCGGAGGGAGCUCCGGAAAGAGAAUGGAAGAGGAAUUCCCUAGAAGAACACACACGACUGUAAAAUCAGGAUGGAAGGAAGCAUCCCGAUCAUUCCAUCCCGGGUGGACACACCAACAUUAUAAAGUAAUGCCGAUUCCACCAGGACGAGACCUUACACCACGGCCCAGGGCUUCCCGGGGACAUGCGCUCUGAGCCUCCCGUCUGCCCUCGUCAAGAAGUCUCAUUGGAAGAUGGCCAACAGGUCUUUCUAGAUAGUGCUCUCUGUGCAGGUCAUUUUGCAUGUGUUCUCGAUCCUCCAGUUCCACAUGAAGAAAGUUGGAUGAGUCAGCUGGGAAUUCUGUUCCUUUAUACCUCAUUGCUUUAGCUGGUCACUUGGAACCAUUAGAACAGAGUUUUGUGCACUAAAGAACCAGGGGGUUGAAUUAAUUUAUUUUCUCACUGUGUGUGCAGACUCUGCCCCCCACGGCUACAUCUCCUCAUCUACAGAUUGUACUUAUGUAUCUAUAUGUACAUUAAAAAGUUAUUUGACUUCCUCUUUCCUAUUACCCAGGAGCAUAAGGCUUUCAAUAGCACCAACAGAGGAAGGUGAUGAAUGAAUGUAUGUUUGCACAUCCCUAUAUGACCAGUACAAAAUUAAACCAUGCUAAAAUCUUACAUUGGUGUGUGCCAGAGAAUCAUAUGAAGCCUGGGCAUUCCAGGGUUCUCUAAGGAGGAAAUAAUAAAAAAGCAAGUGGGAGGAACUUGCAGUAAAUUCUUUUGCCUCUUUUUUCCCCUUCUCCAUCAGAGAGCAAGUUAUUAGGCACCAGUGGUUCGUGUCUAUAAGACUGACUACUCAA